AUGUUCGACCUCAGGGAUAUAUACGCUCUGCCGAAGCGGUGGACUCAGCAGCUGCGCACCCGGCAGAUACAGAAACGACAAUGGAGCGAUGCGAGCGAGACGGAACUGCGGAAGAUUGCGCGUUCCUCGUCGGGGUACACAGCAGAUACGAGCUAUUCACACUCAAUGCGCGUUGAAGAGGCCGAUUUCGCCCAUGCAAGCACAGAUCACGAGACCUACACCAGCAACACAAGGUUUACUUCUGGCUGGAGAUUCGGUGCCAUCAAUGGUGCUAUCUCUGUUUGUGUCGUCUUUUUCAUAAAUCUCGUCGUCACCAUCCUAGUUUCCGCGCGCAAAGACGGAGUAUUUUUCGAUGGCGAUUGCGAUCGUGCCAGCAAACUGAACACUGGGCUGCAUUUGCUAAUCAAUAUAUUGAGCACCAUUCUGCUUAGCUCAAGCAACUAUUGCAUGCAAUGUCUCUCAGCGCCAACUAGGAAAGAGAUAGAUGACGCGCAUUCCAAGGGCAAGUGGUUGGAUAUCGGAGUCCAGAGUGUCCACAACCUAAGGAACAUUGAUCGUCGCCGAGCAGUAGUGUGGCUUCUUCUCGGGCUGUCAUCGCUGCCUUUACACCUAUUCUACAACUCAGCUGUGUUCCUUUCGAUAUCCUCGAACAAUUACUUCGCGUUGAGCGUGCGGGAGUCGUUCAUCAACAGUCCAGAUUGCGGCGAAUGUGGCGCAAUAUUUUCAAAUACGACUGUAGCAGUCGGGAAUUACAAUACCGCUAUUCCAGACGUCGCCCGCAUGAUGCUUAAGAAGGCGCGUAACAACAAACUGGAUCGGCUUUCGAAUCUCGACUGUAUUCGCGAAUACGCGGAACCCAUCCAGACGAAGAGGAGGAAUGUGCUGCUCGUCACAGCUGAUGAUAGGAUGCCUGCGCCUAAUGUCACCGCAAACGGGACGGCCAAUAUAUAUGCUUGGAACGAUUUUGAUGCUUCAGCUGCGAGUAUCGUAUCGUCAGCGAUGAACUCGUACGGAUGGAUCUGCUCUGACGAUCCCACAUGGAGAUGGACAUCACCAUGCUCUACCCUCAUUGAUGCUAUCAAAAGCAAACCAGAUGAUUGGAAAGUAGGCCACACGGAUGGGGUUUUCAGUGACAGCUAUAACCCCACCUAUCCCGUCGACUAUUGUCUCAGCGAGACAUCGGAGCCACGCUGCAAAGUGCAGGUUAUGCUGACCAUUGCGAUACUAGUCACGGUUCUCAACAUCUUCAAGGCUGUUUUCAUCUUCUACACAGCAUUGGGGACGAAGGAGAAUCCUCUGAUGACUAUGGGAGAUGCCGUGGCUUCUUUCCUGGAGCGGAGGGAUGGGACCACCAAGGAAAUGUGCCUCUUAUCUAUUCGUGACGUGAAAACCAACGAUCGAUAUUUCCCAGCCGGGCCAAUAACAUGGAAAGGUGAACAACGACGAUUCAAGGAUGUAACGAGCCGUAGGCGGAGAAGUGUAACUUUCAUUGCGUAA